GGCAGUCAGUAAGAGGCGUCGGGAGGGAGCGGCGGCGGCGGUGGCGGCGGCGCCGGGCGCCCGUCAGUGCUGCAGCGCGGGCGAGGAGCGAGGAGGGGGGGCCGAUCCCAGCCAGACGCGGCUCCAAACUGUUGCAUCCGCGCGGAUCUCCGCUCCGCCUGCCCGGAUGGAUUUGCUUCCCGCGACAUCGCCGUUCCUGCUGCCUGCGGGCCGGUUCCUCCCGGCCCCCGCCUGCUGCUUGCCAGGGGCCGCCCAGCAGUGAGGCAGAGAGAGAAGGAUUUUUUUAAUUUUUUUUUAUUUAUUUAUUUUUUUAAGCAGCCAACCUCGCAGGAUCCCCUCCUUGCCUCGGGGGCGGACUCCAGUUUAGAGGAGGGGGGACCAAAAAAAAAAAAAAAAUCAACCCCCCCCCCCAAAAAAAAAUCCCCCACCCCGCAGUGCAGGACUGAGAGCUGGGAGCAGUGACUGGAAGCCUGUGAUUCUUUUUUGUUGUUCUUGUUGUUGUUGUUGUUGUUUCUUUCAGUGGGAGAGAUCUUGGGUGUUUCACACAUAGCACUGAAAGGGGGUUAAAAAAAAAACACUCAGCAAAGCAGGAGCCCGACGUGGAUAGCAGCCUUGUUUUCCUGAUCCUCAGUCUCCCGGAGAAAGAGGGAAGAGCGAGAGGGGAACCACCGAUGGCAGCGAGAUGCAGCUCUCCGCCGCAAGCCAGGCAAGAUUAGAUCUCUAACUGCAGCAAAACACUCCCUGGGAAAAAAAAAAAAACACACCCAACCGCCCCGCGGUGCAAUCAGACAUUUCCCUGCCUCUCGCUGCACGCGGAGAGGGCUUCAGCCUAGCCCAGACUUCUCCCCCUCCACCUCUUCUCCCUACUCCAGCGAUCGCAUCACAAGCGACGAGUAGCCCCUAAGCUCCCCCCUACACCAAAAAAGCCACCUCGAAAUAUUUUUUUCCCUUCUAGAUUUUUUUUUAUUUUUAUUUUUUAGAUUUUUUUUCCUUCUUUCCCCCCCCCCCCUCCUCUUUGGACUGAUCUGGAGGGAAAACGCCACUCACCGCUGCUGAUUUCUUCUCCUUCGAUAUCUGUCGAUCUGUGGACCUUGAGAGGGGCUGGGGCAAAGCCACACUGGACAUUUUGAUCCGCCCAGAGGAGAUCUAUGGACCUUGAGAGGGGCUGGGGCAAAGCCGAGGGGACGUUUUGAUCCGUCCAGGGGGAGAUCUGCGGACUUUAAGAGGGGUUGGGACGGCUACAUUGGACAUUUUGAUCCGUCCAGAGGGAGACUUGCGGACCUGGAGAGGAGCUGGGGCAAAGCCUCUUUGGAUAUUUUGAUUCCUCCAGAGACCUUGAGUGGGGGGGAGCCACAUGGACACUUUGAUCCGUCCAGAGGUCUACGGAUCUUGAGAGGAGCAAAGGCAGGGGGGGGACAUUUUGAUCCAUCCGGAGGCGAUCUGGAGUUGUUGCUCCCCCCCGCCCCCCCGCUGAAGUUGCUCAGCUGAAGUAACCGGGCAUUGGAGCCCCAGAGGCGCUUGAUGCUGGAGCUACCGGGUGGUUUCUCCCCCCUCCUCCUCCUCCUCCGCCUCCAUCUCUCUCCCUGCCCGUGAGCUCCGGGCUCCAUCGCCUGCGUGUCUGCGGAUGCUUUAGAGCAACAGGUCCGGCGGCGCGGAGGGAGGGAGGGAGGGAGGGGCGGGCUCGGGAAGCGAAGAGAGGAGGAGGACGAGGGGCUGCUGCAGCUGCCACCCGCGGGCUUCGGGGAUGCACCUUCCCAUCUGUUGCUUCCUGCUCUGCUGGGCGCCCGCCCUGGCGCUGAAGAACCUCAACUACUCGGUGCCCGAGGAGCAGGGCGCGGGGACGGUGAUCGGCAACAUCGGGCGCGAUGCGCGGCUGGCCGCGGGGCUGGCGCCGCCGGCGGAGCGGGGCGCGGGCGGCGGGCGCGGGGCCAAGGCGAGCUUCCGCGUGCUGGAGAACUCGGCCCCGCACCUGCUGGAUGUGGACGGCGAGAGCGGGCUGCUCUACACCAAGCAGCGCCUGGACCGCGAGGCGCUGUGCCGCCGCAGCGCCAAGUGCCAGCUGUCGCUCGAGGUCUUCGCCAACGACCAGGAGAUCUGCAUGAUCAAGGUGGAGGUGCAGGACCUGAACGACAACGCACCCGCCUUCCCUGCCGACCAGGUGGACAUGGACAUCUCGGAGAACGCCGCCCCUGGCACCCGCUUCCCCCUCACCAGCGCCCACGACCCCGACGCGGGCGACAACGGGCUGCGCACCUACCUGCUCACCCGCGACGACUACGGGCUCUUCUCGCUGGACGUUAAGUCCCGAGGGGAUGGCACCAAGUUCCCCGAGCUGGUGAUCCAGAAGCCGCUGGACCGCGAGGAGCAGAGCCACCACACGCUGGUGCUCACGGCGCUGGACGGGGGCGACCCGCCGCGCUCGGGCACCGUGCAGAUCAACGUGCGCCUCAUCGACUCCAAUGACAACAGCCCCGUCUUCGAAGCGGCCUCCUAUGUGGUGGAGCUGCCUGAGAACGCGCCCCUGGGCACGGCCGUCAUCGACCUCAACGCCACCGACGCCGACGAGGGCACCAAUGGCGAGGUGCUCUACUCCUUCAGCGGCUACGCUCCUGACCGGGUGCGUGACCUCUUCAGCAUCGACCCGCAGAGCGGCCUCAUCCGUGUCAAGGGCAACCUGGACUACGAGGAGAGCGGUCUCGUAGAGAUCGACGUGCAGGCCCGUGACCUGGGGCCCAACCCCAUCCCUGCCCACUGCAAGGUCACCGUACGCCUUGUCGACCGUAAUGACAAUGCGCCCACCAUCGGCUUCGUCUCUGUUCGCCAGGGGGCUCUCAGCGAGGCCGCCCCGCCAGGCACUGUCAUUGCCUUGGUGCGGGUCACUGAUCGUGACUCGGGCAAGAAUGGGCAGCUCCAGUGCCGGGUGCUGGGUGGCGGGGGCAGCGGUCCAGGUGCCGUACCCUUCACGCUGGAGGAGAACUAUGACAACUUCUACACAGUGGUGACUGACCGGCCACUGGACCGUGAGGCACAGGAUGAGUACAAUGUUACUAUUGUAGCCCGCGAUGGUGGCAGCCCCCCGCUCAACUCCACCAAGUCUUUCUCCGUGCGCAUCCUCGAUGAGAACGACAACCCACCCCGCUUCAGCAAGAACCUCUAUGUCCUACAGGUGCCAGAGAACAAUAUCCCUGGUGAGUACUUGGGCUCUGUGCUGGCCCAGGACCCGGACCUGGGGCAGAACGGGACUGUCUCCUAUUCCAUCCUGCCCGGGCAUGUAGGCGAUGUCUCCAUCUACACCUAUGUCUCUGUCAACCCCACCAAUGGUGCCAUCUAUGCCCUGCGGAGCUUCAACUAUGAGCAGACCAAGCACUUUGAGUUCCGCGUGCUGGCCAAGGACUCAGGCUCUCCCCACCGCGAGAGCAACGCCACUGUGCGUGUCACUGUGCUUGAUGUCAAUGACAAUGCACCACUUAUUGUGCUGCCCACCCUCAUCAACGACACCGCCGAGCUCCAGGUGCCGCGCAAUGCUGGCGUGGGCUACCCCGUGGGCACUGUCCGAGCCCUGGACAGUGAUUUUGGGGAGAGCGGGCGUCUCACAUAUGAGAUCGUUGAAGGCAACGAGGAGCACCUCUUUGAGAUGGACCCAACCAGUGGUGAGAUACGCACCUUGCAUCCCUACUGGGAAGAGCUCAGCCCUGUGGCUGAGCUGGUGGUCAAAGUCAGUGAUCAUGGCAAGCCUAGCCUCUCAGCUGUGGCUAAGCUAAUUGUCAGGGCCUUGGCUGGACCCCUGCCUGAAGCCGGUGAGCCUCAGGUGAAUGGUGAGCAGCAUCGGCGACCUCAUUGGGACCUAUCGCUACCCCUGAUUGUGACCCUGAGCACUGUCUCUAUCAUCUUGUUGGCUGCCAUGAUCACCAUUGCCGUGAAAUGCAAGCGGGAGAACAAGGAGAUCCGCACCUAUAAUUGUCGCAUUGCUGAAUACAGCCACCCCCAGCUGGGAGGAGGGGGAGGCAGUGGUGGGGGAGCAGGUGCAGGUGGCAGUGGAGGGAGCAAGGGCAAAAAGAAGAAGAUCAGCAAGAAUGACAUUAUGCUGGUGCCCAGUGAAGGCGAGGACAGUCGGGGCCCCCUAAAUGUCAUGAACGUGGUGAGCAGCCCCUCUUUGGCCACCUCACCCAUGUACUUUGACUACCAGACCCGUCUGCCCCUCAGCUCACCCCGGUCUGAGGUGAUGUACCUAAAGCCUGCCUCCAACAACCUGACUGUACCCCAGGGACAUGUGGGUUGCCACACCAGCUUCACGGGGCAAGGAACUAACGCCAGCGAGGCUCCACCGAGCCGGAUGUCCAUAAUACAGACAGACAAUUUUCCCGCAGAGCCCAAUUACAUGGGCAGCAGGCAGCAGUUUGUUCAAAGUAGCUCCACGUUCAAGGACCCAGAAAGAGCCAGCUUGAGGGACAGCGGGCAUGGGGAUAGUGAUCAGGCUGACAGUGACCAAGACACUAACAAAGGCUCCUGCUGUGACAUGUCUGUUAGGGAGGCACUCAAGAUGAAAACUGCUUCAACUAAAAGCCAGCCGCUCGAACCAGCAUUCCCGACUUUGCUUUCCUUUGCUAUCCUCACCCUACACACCAUCACAAGUAGACUUCAGUCUGUUGAUCUGCUUCUGCCAGAACAGCAAGGCAGAGGCCAAAGACCCAUUGUUGGGAUCUGUGGACCAGCCCGCUGUGAGGAAGGAAAAUUUUCAGAACAAGAAGAGUGUGUUAACUGUACAGAUGAAUGCAGAGUCCUUGGUCAUUCUGACAGGUGUUGGAUGCCACAGUUCCCUACAGCCAAUCAGGCUGAAAAUGCAGAUUAUCGCACAAAUCUCUUUGUACCCACAGUUGAAGCUAAUGUUGAGACUGAGACUUACGAAACUGUGAAUCCCACCGGGAAAAAGACUUUUUGUACAUUUGGAAAAGACAAGAGAGAGCACACUAUUCUCAUCGCCAAUGUUAAACCUUAUUUAAAAGCCAAACGUGCCCUGAGUCCUCUUCUUCAGGAGGUUCCCUCAGCAUCGAACAGCCCAACCAAGACAUGCAUUGAGCCUUGCACCUCAACAAAAGGACCACUGGAUGGUUGUGAAGUAAAAUCAGGAGCCUUGGCUGAACCAAGCAGCCAGUACCUGUCAACUGACAGUCAGUAUCUAUCACCUAGUAAACAGUCAAGAGACACUACAUUCAUUGCAUCAGAUCAGAUGGCUAGGGUCUUUGCAGAUGUACAUUCCCGAGUGAGCCGAGACUCAAGUGAGAUGGACUCUGUUCUGGAGCAGUUAGACCAUUCAAACCGGGAUCUAGGGAGAGAGUCAGUGGAUGCAGAGGAAGUUGUGAGAGAAAUUGACAAGCUUUUACAGGACUGUCGGGGAAGUGACCCUGUGGCUGUGAGAAAGUGAGAAAAAAAGGGGGGACAGGCUGGCAUUAUUUGCCUCUUCUGCUGAUUUAAAAAACAAAACAAAAAAUCUCCCCUGGUUGUAACAGUUUUACAGGGAUGAAGGAAGACCAAUGCUGCUUUAAGGCUUUUAGUGAACAUCUGAAGUGCCCACAAGUAUGUUCUUUUCACUGCUCUUUCUUUUUCACAGAUAACACUGGUUUCGUUUUGACCAAACUUUCAUUAGGACAGAGUGAAGUACAUUAAGAACUAAAAAUGAAGAAAGACGGUGCCAUUUUGACAAUCUGAUAGGAAGGUAUGAGAAAGGAGGAUUGGAAAUACGUCUGCUGUUUUAAGACUGUCCUUAAUAGUUGAUGCUGACUUUACUGUUUACCUGUAAACCCCAUGAAAAACAGGGUUGAAUAAUUCAGAUCUGUGAUGGAUUUCCAGCAGUAAUCACAGGCUUCUACUGAAAGUCCUAAAAAAGAUCUUGUAGUAGUCCAAGCGACACCAAACAUUAACAUUCAUUUGUGGUAAACAUUUCUGUAUAAAGUUACCUGCCACAAAAAGAAAAGCAAACAAAAACCCAUUCCAGAUCAUUUUUCAGCAAAACAUAUCCUGGUCAUUAGUAACACACUUCAUAUCAUAUUAAAGUUAAAUGUAAAAUGAUAUAGUCCAUUUUGUCCUGCACACACAUAAGCUAAUUCACUUGAUAAAAAGAAAAAAAAGGUUUUAGUGUCUGUUUAGCAUUUUAGUGUCCAACAAAAAUAUAAAUAGUUAGCAGUUUUAAAUAAAUUUGAGGUAUAAUAAAAGUUUGCAGAAAUAGUUACCUUUGAAGGGUAAUAAAUGAAAAUAAUUAACAAUUAUUAACACUUUUUUAUUCAUUUGUGGACACUAAAAUAGCUCAGGAAAGUGAAAAUGUCUUAGACAUCCACACAAAUCACAUGAUCAUUUAAAUGUGCAAAUGUAAGAAAAUUCAGUGUGUUUACAUCAAAUGACAUAUUUUUAUUGAUUUAUUGCAGAUUCAGUGCAUAUGAGCCAAAUUGUUGAGUGUAUAAGAGCUAUAUUGUGUAUUUUAUUAAAUUAAUAUAUAGUUGUGUUGCAAAAAUAUUUGGGCUUAUAUUGUAAAUGGCAAGUGUUGCCUCAGUAGCUGUCGAACUCUAUGAGUUUUGUUUUUCCUGCUUCCUUUUCCCCAUGGAGCAUGGGAAGGAGUGCCUCAGAGCAAAGUCUCUUGUUUAAUGUAUGGUCUACAAAGUACUGCAGUACAUAAUCCGUUCAAAAUGUGUUUGAGUGAGCUGAUGGAGCUAACUGAACGGCCUACAAAUACAUCCAUCAGUCAUGGUUAUGUGCAAGUCCUUGUAGAAGCUUCUAUUGCAAACCCAUGCUUAAUAACAAAAAUUACACUUGAACCAACACCUGAAACCUCCUUGCUUUUUUUCCAAAAACACAUAUGCAACGAAUUUGUUUCACUAUCACGUUUUUGUAUGAAUUAAAAAAUGAUCGUAGUAUGCUUAUGUUUCUGCUACUGCUAAGUACAGAGCCUGAAAAUGAGUCAAUGCCCACAUGGCAUGAAUGCUGUUUUGUCUGGUUCCUUAGAAUGUGUGAAGAUUUGGUAAAUUCAUGGGUCUGGGCUGUUGGUAUUAUUUUAUUUUUAUUUUAAGUUAUUUUGCUAUUUUUUCUUUGAGAGAGAAUUACUUUCCAUGUUUCAUUCUAAAUGUCUUCAUAGUGUUUGAUAAAUUACAAAACUGGUUCCAGGUCAAAGCUGAAAAAAAUAUCACUUUUAAAUAUAUGCUUAAAAUGAAAUGAGCACAAGUAUAAGGAACAGCAAAGGAAAAACAUUUUUCCCAUAGACAUUUUAAAAGCUUUGUGAUAUAGCACCAUAAUAUACCAGUAUAGAAAAUUGUGGUCCUGGAUUGAGUCAUAUUUGAGCUAAAUUAAGUCAUAUUUUUAAAUGUAUACAAAAACUAGGUUUGCCCUUUCAGAUCCCCCAAAGCCAUACAGUAUUAUUCAAUUCAGGAACAAAGUUAGCCAAUAGAUGGUUAUGAUGCUGGGCAUUUUGUUAAAAUAAUGAUCAUAUCUAUCAGUCCUACAGUGACUUGUAUUUGAUUCUUGGAGAUGGCCAUUCCAAAAGCUUCAUUUAGAAAAGCUAUAAUCUUAUGUGAACAAAUGAUCUAGUCUGUGUUUUAUCAAACUAUGUUCCAUGUUUUGGACAAUUUUAGGUAUCUAGAAUGUGUGGCUGACUGUUCUACAAUAUUUUUUUUUGCCAGGAGACUCAAGGUUGAUUUUUGCUUGAUAGCUGAAAUUCCAUAGUGGAAAGGACCCCUUUUUAGUUUCAUCUGUCUUUUAUACUAAUUUCUGUAGGGCCCAUUGCUCUAGUGUUUGAGGUUCCAAGCAUUUAGCUCUGGCAGCGAGAUUCAUUAUUCAGCAAAACUUAAGUGAUGGAGUCUUCUGUGCUUUAUAAACAAUUUUAACACUGAGUAUCCAAUUGUACAAUUCAUGGUAUGUGUCUGAAGUCAUAAAAACACAAGGGCUCUUCUGAGAAAGGGCUGUACCAGUGUGAAAGGAAUUUACCUUAAGGCUCUCUGUCACUAGUGAUUUACUAGCUUUAGCUGUUUAACACAUUAUCUGUAUUUAGUAGUGAUUAUUUAUUUGCCCUGAUGAGGUAAUUCAGAAUUCAUGACACACGGCUUUAUAGCUGAGUUUAGGAAAUCUUGUUUUAUUUAAUUUGGCAGACAACUGCCUUGCGUUGUGGAUCGCUGGCACAUUGUUUCCAGUGAGGGUAUCCAAGAUUGUAAUAUCAGAAUUUAGGAGCGAUACAUAAUCAACCAAUAGAAUUUAUACAAACAUGGGUUUUGUUAGGUCAGUCAGAAUCAGGGGAAGUGAUUAAAAAUACCAUAUAUGGAGGAAAUAAAGUUAACUUUUUAUCCUUCAAACUUCCUGCUGUCACUACCAGGUAGUGUUGAGAGGAAGAGUUGAGACAUAAUUAAAGCUUGGGUCCAUGAAUUAUUUCCUGUAUUCUUUAUGUACAUAAGGCACCUUUUUGAAAGUGAUUUUUAAUACUAAGUGAAACUUUCCAGCAGAUGACUGCAAAAAAGAUAACUGAUAUGGAGAAAAUCCCAUUAGAUAGCUAACAAAAUUAUGCAGUCACUUAUGAGUUGAAAAUUAUAAUUAUGAGUUGGAAAUCUAUACCACUUAUACAAAUAACUGAGUAUAAUUUCCUGUGAUUUCAAAGAGAUGUUGACCAACAAACCAGGGGUUCAAAUUCACUAAAAAUAUUAUUUUUUCUUUGCUUGUCCAUCAGAAGUGAGCUUAUCCUUAACUGUGAUUUGCCAUUGCAGUAUGCAGGAGGUUGCCCAUUCAGAAAUAUAACCAUAAAAGUCAUGCAGAUGCUAGUAAUGGAGCUGGAUGCUUUAUUCAAACCAGCUUUCAAGCUGUUUGUUGCCUAAUGGAGUAGAAGUUGCUGAGGUCAACAAGUAGUCUGAAGUCUGGCAUAAUAUAUUCCUACUCGUUAUUGUCUAAUUACAUUCUUUCGACAUCAGGCAGCAUUUAUCAGUGCAUUAAUUCAGAUGUGAGUUUUGGCUAUCAAGAUUUGCUGAUUUGAAGUGUAACUGAAUGAAACCUGACUAAGGUUUUAACUUCUUUAGCCCAACUGUUCCAUAGGUUAGCAGUUCACAUAUAUCAGUCCCUAUAUCCCCGUAUGGCUCAAAGCUGCACCAGGUCAUUGGUGAACAACACAAACAAUCAAAAGCAGCAUACAUUGUAUGGAUUAUCUCAACCGCUAUUGUUUAAUGGCUGUGUUUAAUGUGACCUAUCUGGAAAAUGAGGACUACGAAUAAAAAGCAAUUACUAAUA